AUGCACUGGAUGCGUGCCAGCAUGGGGGCGUGGCAGGAGUGUUCCGGGGUGUGGCAGGGCACAGGCGCACGCGUGUCCCGGGCGCAGUUCGCCCUUGCUCCAGCCCUGCGGGGCUUUCAAGGCCAGAAUCCAGUGGCCAUUGUGGGCUUCCUGGGCGGCGUGGUCACGGCCUGCCCCAGUGCCACGCCUGGCCUCUCCCCCCUCCCCAGAUCCGCAGGAAAACCCCGCCGCCCCCCACCCACUUCGGAAGUGACUCCGCUUUGGCCGCCCUGCCGCGAUCCUGCAGCCGAGCGGGGCGGCGCCUUCCCCGGCCGGGCCCGGCUCCCCGGGGGCGGCUUCUGCGCGCGGCCGGCCCUUGGCACGGCUCCCGGGGCGGCGGCUGGCUCAGCUGGCCGAGGCGGCGGGGCAGGAAGUUCCCGUUCCCGGCCGCGCUGCGAUGGGCGGCGAGGCGGGCCGGGCGUGGGGCCGCCCCCUGGCCGGGGCUCGGGGGAGGGAUUUAGCCGGGCUCGGGAGUCGUCGCCAAGGGCCGGCCGGGCGAGCAGGACGCGGCGGCCCCCUCUCCGGAGCCGGCGGCGCGCCAGGGCGCUGCGCCUUUACGCACCGCCCGCCGGUGGGGAGACGAUGCGGCGGCUGCUUGGGGGGCUGGCGGCGGCGGCGCUGCUGCUGGCUUGCUGCGGCUGCGGCCACCCCCUCGGGAGCCAGGAGCGCGGGAGGGUCCGCAGAGCCCCCGCCGCGGAAGGCAAAGUCUGGCAGCCGUGGGGUGAGCUGUCCUGCCACUGGCCCGUUGUGCCGAAGGUCCUACUGGGCAACCGGACCCUGAGAUUGGAGGAAGCGGCUCUGGGGCAGAAUGGAUUCCCGGCUCGGUUGCGGAUCGCUCUGGAGGCAGAAGGGGAUCGUUUCCUGGUGGAUUUGGAGCGGAAUCGGGAACUCCUGAUGGGUACUAAGGGACUGACGUAUUACCUUCCCAAUGGAACCAAGGCGAUUCAUCAAACCCGCCCAGAGGGGAAUUGCUGUUAUCGGGGAAGUAUCGAGGGAUUUCUUGAAUCUUGGGCCAAUAUCUGCAUUUGCUCAGGUCUAAGUGGUCUCCUGGUUGUGUCCAGAGACCGAAGCUACGGCCUCGAGUCCCACGUCAAGGGGAACACGACGGACCACAGAGCCUACAGACUUCGUGCAGUCAGAGAUGGCACCGGAGAAUGCAGGCCCGUUUCUCUGUCCCAUGGACAGCUUCAUCCGCAGCCGGAGCAGCCUCUGCUACGUAGGGGUAAGCGGCAGGUGGACCCCGAACACGGAUACGUGGAACUGGUGAUGGUGGCCGACCAUGCUGAGUACGAGCUGUAUUUCGACCUCAACCAAAUCCAGAUCCGGAUGCUGGAAAUCGCUAGCCAUAUGGACGGGUUUUACCGUCAGUUGGGCCUGCGGGUGGCGCUCGUGAGCUGUGAAGUCUGGACCGACCAAGACAAGGUGUCCGUGGAGGGGCGUCCUCACCUUAUACUGGAGCGCUUCCUGCGCUGGAGGCAGCAGGUGCUGCUGCCGAAGGUUCCACACGACAGCGCCCAACUUAUCACGGGCUCCCCGUUAACCGGCGGCGCAACAGGGGCGUCCACUCACGCUUCCAUCUGCUCCGGACGCUCCGGAGGGCUGAGCAUGGUGAGUCCAUCUCUCCCAAUUUCCUGGGGAACUGGUGCAGCAGAGCCCAAACAUCUGGCUGCCCCUGAUUCGGAUCUCUCCUUUGUUGUGUGCAACAACAAAGGAAACUGCCAUUGCCAGCCAGGCUGGGCACCCCCGGACUGCCGGAGCAGCGGUCGAGGGGGCAGCGUAGACAGCGGCUCGCCGGCUGUGGAACGAGGCAGCGCCACCUCGACGGCCCCGAUCCUCAGCAGCCUCCUCCUCGUCCUGCUGUUAGUCCUCGGGCUGUAUUGCGCCAAGCGAGUCGGCCUGCACAAACGCCUCUGCCAGAUUGGCAAGGGCACCAGCUGCCAGUACAGUGCUGAGGCAGAGUCCCAGGUGAAAUUCAUCCACCCACCUGAACAGAGAGGGAUCACGCAGCCCGAACCCCGAAGUUACAGUCGGGCCGUCCCAGAGCGGCCACAACCCCCCCAGUGGAGGCAGAGGACUGAACUUCAGUUGAUGCUGAACAAUAAGCCCACCCCGCUUGAUGACACCCGGCCAGAUCCUCCGUCUAAGCCUCUUCCUCCUGACCCGAUCCCAAAGGGUCAACAGGCUGUAGCCACGGACAGGCCCGCACCUCCUACGCGCCCGCUGCCUGCCGACCCCAUUCCUAAAGCUGCGCAGCCCCCUGGUCCCGCCAAACCUCCGCCUCCCCAGAAACCACUGCCUUCAAACCCAUCCCGGACAGAGCCAUCUGCCGUGCCUAGCUACGAUCCCAGAGCCCAGAUGCUGCCAGCCAGGCCUCCUCCUCCUCCCCCUCCCUCCAUGGUGGCUGGUCUCCCAACACACGUCGAAGAAGCCUAAACGAGCCCCAAGGACGUGGCCAUAUUCAGACGUGCCUGCCCCUCUCUAGCCAAGACGGGCUGUCGGGGGACGCUGAUACCAGCUCGCUCUUGAUGCUUGCUCUGUAGGCUUUGGCUGUGAGCUCGGCGGAGAACUGUCGGCGUCCGUGGCGAGGAUUGGGGCCUCUCCUUCCUCAACACCAAGCGCGUCCCGCUGAGGACUCGGCCCAAGCACCGCUGUCUGGCUCAGAACCUCUGCCGUGCUGCGGUUUCGGAAUGUGGGAACAAGGAACCGUGGGGGGGGGGGGGAAGGGGAAGUCUUUGCACUGGGAACAAGAGGGGCACGAUCCCUCUAGAAAGCUGCGUGUGUGUGAGAGAGAGCGAAUGUCUGCAUUGGUGUGCGUAUUUACUGAGAUCUGCGUGACUUAAAGGGAACCCUGCCUGCUUCAGCUGUAAGCAGGAAUUGGCCCAUAGCUGUGAAAUACGGGGUAGCUUCUUCUUAAUAAUCUACAGCCAUUUCAAUUAAAGCCGAAUGGAUUACUUUA